AUGUUUGAGGGCCACUGUGGGAAUCCAACGCCAGCAAAUGGAUACGUUAAUUCGACUCAGUCGUACCUUGGUGCCGUUGUGACUGUUGGCUGCAACAAUGGCUAUCGUUUGAAUGGAAAUUGCGGAUAUCCAAAACAUCCAAAUAUGGACUUCACUUUAUCAAGGAAUACCACGACUUAUGGGUCGUUUGCAGUUGCAUCAUGUUCAAUGGGAUAUGGUCCUGCGGGAUCAACAACUUACAAAUGCCUAGCCAAUGCAUCUUGGGGAAGUUUCCCGUCAUGUGAAAUUGUCGAUUGUGGGAGCCCAAUUCCGAGUGGAGGAAUCGCAAAUGAUAGUAGUACAACAUACGGAACAUUUGUUUCUAUCACUUGUACAAAUGGAAAAGUUAAAGGAGACUCUGUUAUUGCCUGUCGACAAGAUGGCACAUGGAGCGACUAUCCUACAUGCAAUGCAUCAGAUUGCGGAAUGAUAUCAGUUCCAAAUGGUAUGGUUAAUACAUCUCUCGGCACGACUAUUGGAAGUGUCGCCAACGUGAAAUGCAAUGCAGGAUAUUUUAUGAAUGGUUCGUCCAGGAUCGUUUGUACUGUCGAGGGUUGGGACGGAAAUCUGGAAUGCUUCAAACAAGACUGUGGGUCUAUUAACGCGCCUAGGUCUGGAGAAGUCAUGGUGGGUUCAACAACCUUCAAUUCAACAGCUGUAUUCAAAUGUGAUGACGGCUACUUGUUGUUUGGCGAUGCCGUACUGGUCUGCUUGUCAGAGGGGAAAUGGAGUGGUGUACCUCCAACAUGCUCGAAGCAAUCGGACAUCGGCGGCCCAUGCGAUUCGCCCGAUAUUUGUGCAGCUAAAGAAGCAGUAUGUUCAGAAAAAAUGUGUAAAUGUGCUACUGGACUUUUCAACCCUGCAUUGAACACAUGCGACAUCAUGCCUCUACUUCCGUUUGGCAAAACCACUACUGAUCGAUUUGUGAAUAAAAGUUGCAGUGAGAAGAUAUCGUUUCCUCCGGGCAUUCCAAUAUUUAGUAAAACUUUUUUUGAUUUGUAUGUGUGUUUCAACGGAUUAGUAAGCUUCGAGAGAAAAUAUCAGAAACCGACUCCACCGUCUGAUAGAUAUGACCUUUUAAAUUUUGAUGAACGUGUUUUGAUUGCGCCAUAUUUUGCUGAUUUUGAUCGCAAAAAUGGACAGGUUUCAUAUAGAACGUAUGACAUAUUACAAAACAACCAAGAACUGGAAGAAAAUAGAAACGAUAUAUCGAUGGUUGAUCACAUUGUGCAAAAGUUUGGUGGGUUGCCAUUAUUUAGCACAAAAUUCUUGCUGAUAGCUACUUGGAAAAAUCUCCAAAAGGGUCAAGGUCAAAACUCAGAUAAAGAGUCAGUGACUUUUCAACUUAAUUUGGCUAGCAACGGAUCUUAUACAUUUGCACUGUUUACCUACGGAAAUGGGGAGAUGAAAUGGAAAAUUCAGAAACAAGAUCCAAAAAUCUGGAUUGGCUAUUAUGCCGAAAAGAAUAGAUUUUAUACGCAUCCAUUUUCUUUUUCAAGCAAUGCGUUGAAAAUGGACACAGUGGAGAUUGGGCAAUCUGAAAAGCUCAAAGGCGUUUUGUUGCAGUCAUUAACACAAUAUGGAAAGACAAAACCAAACUUUGCCGUGGACUGUAUUUCCUGGUACAACAGCAAUAGUCAUGAAAAGUUUCGCAUAAAUCAAAUUUCGUCGCUCCUUCCACCUUGCCCUUGUGACAUAGACCUUGGGAGGUUUGACCCAUGGUUCUGGAAUCUUCAGAAGUAUAGAUGGCAUGGACAACAAGGCUACGGAUGUGUUGAUAUGCUUCAACGACCAGAUAGCAUAUAUACUCAGUUUGGGAAGUCAUGCUGCUAUGACCUGAACUCCAGACUUCUGAUGUUUGAACGACCUUUCGCUGGAUCAUUUAGAUUGUUCAACCCAUAUAUACUUAUCAACGAAAAACAACAUUAUGAAAACGACGUUUUACCGAAAGAAUGGUGCUGCAACUUAUCUGGUUUCUGUAACCUUUAUUAUGAGCUUCGUCCAACUGGUUCCUGUUACAGAAAAUCACCAUAUUCCUUUGGAUCGUUUUGGGGAGACCCGCAUUUUCAAACACUAGACGGGAUGAACUUCACUUUCAAUGGUCUAGGAGAAUUUACCUUACUUCAGAUUGAGACUGCAAACAUGAGUUAUUAUCUUCAAGCAAGGACUACACGGGCUUUAAAACAAGAUGGAAAUUUCUCUGACGCGACAAUUUUCAGCGCUUUUGCAUCUAUGGACGAUACAGGGGCGAAUAUUCAUGUUGAAUUAAACCAAGCAAAGACAGGUCUGGCCAUUUACGCCAACAAAGUGGACAUUUCUGGUAAAUUUCAAGAUAACCCUAACUUCAACUUUUCGAGCAAUGGAACAAUUCGUUUGGCCAAAACUGGAGGAUCGUUGUUAGCUGUCUUUCAAAAAAGUGGAAUUGCACUUAACAUUUCUGUUAACAUAGGGAUGUUAUCACUAAACACAAUUGUUCCUGACACAUUUAAUGGGCUCACAAAAGGAAUGCUGGGAAAUUACGAUAGUGAUCCUGCAAAUGACUUUCAGAUGCCGAAUGGAACUAUUUUGAACGCAAACAUGACCGAAAGAGAGGUUUUUGAAUAUGGAAAGCAAUGGGAAAUUAGUUACAACACAUCAGCUUUCUUCUAUCCUGACGGAAAGUCGCACGAAGAUUAUCACAAUAAUACUUACAUACCCAGGUUUCUGGAUGAAGCGGACAAAGAUAAAAUAAAAGAUGCCGAGAAAGUGUGUGGUGGAUCUCAGAAUUCGGAAUGUAUCUUCGACUACGUCUUUACGGAUCUUAAGGAAGUUGGUGAAAUGACCAAUGCGAUUAAAGGACAAGUUCAAUCCUCCAGAGAAGAAAUUGCGGAAGAACUGCCAUUUUUGCAAGGUUGUUCAAGUCUUAAUAUAACUAAAGGAGAAAGCAUUUCGUGCAAGUUAAAUCAUACACAAAAUGACAAUAUUUACUUUCUGAAGAACAAUAUUGAUGCCGUAUAUCAUAAGGCGAACUCAACUUUAUCUUUUAUUUACAAUGAUUCCUCUGAAGUUGAGCUAAGUGUUAUAGCUACAAAUAAGCAAAACCGGUCAUCUACGGCAGUAAAUCCACAUAUUCUCCUCUGUACGGGAUGUAACGGUCGAGGUCACUGCAGUGGAACUCCGCGGGGAAACGCGUCAGGAAAUGGGCAGUUUCAGAAGUACACAUGUAUAUGUGAAAUCGGAUACGAAGGGUUCGAUUGUGAACAAGAAGUCGACGGAUGCGCAGCGGACCCAUGCUCCGUUGGUCGGAACUGUAGUAAUCUCAGCAUAGAACAACAACGAAAAGAAGGAAGGGCGUAUCAAUGCGGACCGUGCCCUGAAGGCUUUCGUACUGAUGUAGACAACGAUGCAUGCACAGAUGUUGAUGAGUGUUCGACUGAAGCAACCGAUUGUGACGUCACUUCCACCUGUCAAAACAAUGUCGGUAGUUUCAAUUGUAUAUGCAACACGGGAUACAGAAUGGAUGGUAACAGAAACACUCAAUGCAAUGAUAUCAACGAAUGCGACGAGGCUUUACACAACUGUACACACAAGUGCAACAACUUCGAUGGAGGAUUUAACUGCUCUUGUCCACAUGGCUACAACCUUAACCAAAUUGCCUGGACAUGCAUUAAAAAUUCAACUUUUGAUUGUUCUAAAUGCCAUAAAGCUUCUGGUUGUGAACAAAUGCAGAACGUAACAAAAUGCUUUUGUGUGAAUGGGUUUGAAUUAGAUGAUACUGGCACGCAAUGUAAAGAUGUGGACGAAUGCACCAGAGGUGUGUGCUCACAGGGCUGCACAAACACAAAUGGGAGUUUUCACUGCUCCUGUAUUGCUGGGUUCGAACUUGUUGACCGUGCAAACUGUAAAGAAUGUAGAACCAACAAGUGGGGUUUUAACUGUACCAACGAAUGCCAGUGUACCGGUCAAGGGGCAGAUUAUUGUGAUACGGUGAAAGGCUGCAUAUGCCUACCUGGUUGGGAAGGCGCAACAUGCAGUGACGACAUUAAUGAAUGUAACCGAACUUACGACACGUGCCAAGAUGUGAGGAAAGAGUGUGAGAAUAAUCUGGGAUCGUAUGCCUGUAAUUGUAUUGCUGGCUUUGUUGCAAACGAUGAAGGGCUGUGCAAAGAUGUUGAUGAAUGUAGCAAUCCAUUAACACGUAACUGCGACCCUGAGAUCGAGCGAUGUGUUAACACAAUAGGCGGAUUCACGUGUGAAUGCGUCAAUGGCUACAUAAAAAAUGGUUUCUCUUGUGAAGAUAUCGAUGAGUGCACUUUGAAGACUUCAGGUUGUGAACAAAUGUGCGAAAACAAGCCUGGAUCAUACAACUGCUUUUGUUACUUUGGCUAUAAGCUCAACGAUGACAGAAAAACAUGUAAAAAAGGCAUACAGAUAAAGCAUUAG